UAUAGCCCCCACGUGUCAGCUCAUCGAGUCGAAAGAUCUACCAAACCUCUGUAAGCCCGAGUGUGACUCACACUUUCCUUCAAGGCCAACUCGGAUGAACUGACUCAGCUACUUUAAUCUCAUCGCCGAUUCCAGUCCAGCUGAGUGAAUCACUGUAACUAUGUCUGUGGUUAUGAACGAUGGCUGGGGAUUAAUUAUUCAUGCGAGACCGAAAGAGGACACUGUAAGCUUGCUAAUGUGUUUAAACUGUGACAUCCGGUAGGAGUGGGGUUUGCUUGAGCUUUGAAGUGUUUUAGUCGGAUUAUAAUCUGAUAAGGAAGCCAAUGAAUUGAAUUUGUCCACAAUAACGACAUUUUCAACCAUGAAAUAGUUUGAUUCGAAGAUGGAAGAAGUUUGUCUCAAUAGUGAGCCGGUAUUCGACGAAGGCGAUGACUAUGACAUUGAGGAAGACUGUGGCAUAGUGGAACAUGACAAUGAAACUGCUGAAAGAUAUUCAAAGAAAGAACUGCUCCCACCUACUGUGGGUUUGGAGUUUGAUUCCUUUGAUGAAGCCUAUGAUUUUUACAAUGUUUAUGCCAAGGAACAAGGAUUUGGCAUCAGAGUGAGCAAUUCUUGGUUUAGGUCAAAGAGAAAGGAACGUUAUAGAGCAAAACUUAGCUGCAGUAGUGCAGGUUUCAAAAAAAAGAGUGAAGCAAACAAUCCACGGCCAGAAACAAGAACUGGUUGUCCUGCAAUGAUAGUCAUUAGGCUUGUGGACUCAAAAAGGUGGAGAAUAGUUGAAGUUGAGCUUGCACACAACCAUCCAGUAAGCCCUCAAGUUAAACGGUUUUAUAAGUCUCAUAAAAAAAUGAUUCUUGCAGCCAGAAAAGCUCAACCACCACCAGAGCCUGUUACAGAGAUGCACACUAUCAAGUUGUUUCGAACAUCUCUCAUGGACUCUGGGUGUAAUGGAUACUCAAGUGUUGAGAAUGGAGAAGGUGCAAAUCAUAUCGAUCAUUCUAAACAUCUGGAACUUAAAGAAGGAGAUGCCCAUGCAGUUUAUAACUACUUUUGUCGCAUGAAAUUGACAAAUCCGAACUUCUUUUACUUGAUGGAUCUUGAUGACGAUGGGCGCCUAAGGAACGUGUUUUGGGCUGAUGCUAGAUCCAGAGCAGCAUAUGGUUAUUUUUGUGAUACAGUUGCAAUUGACACAACAUGCUUGUCAAACAAAUAUGAGAUACCUCUGAUUUCAUUUGUUGGUGUAAACCACCAUGGACAACUGAUAUUAUUGGGCUGUGGGUUUCUUGGACAUGAGUCAGUAGAAUAUUUUGUCUGGAUGUUCAGGGCAUGGCUUAAAUGCAUGCAAGGGCAACCACCACAGGUUAUCAUUACUGACCAGUGUAAACGCUUGCAAAGUGCAGUGGCUGAGGUCUUUCCUGAAGCUCGUCAUUGUUAUUGUCUGUUGUAUAUUAUGCAGAGAGUUCCAGAAAGGUUGGGAGGGUUGACUGGAUUUGAAGCCAUCAAAAGACAAUUGAACAAAGCUGUCUAUAAUUCACUGAAAAUAGCGGAGUUUGAAACUUGUUGGUCUGACAUGAUCAGGCGAUAUGGACUUGGUGAUAAUAAAUGGCUCCAAACAUUAUACGAAGAGCGGCAACGGUGGGUUCCUGUUUAUUUAAAGGACAUAUUUUUUGCAGGAAUGAUCCCCAUCCAAGAAAAUGAGGGCUUAACUACUUUUUUUGAUGGUUAUGUACAUAAACACACAUCUUUUAAGGAAUUUGUUGAUAAGUAUGGUCUAGCCCUACACAGAAAACACCUUAAAGAAGCCAUGGCAGACCUGGAGUCCAGAAAUUCAACCUUUGAAUUGAAAACAAGAUACAAUUUUGAGGUGCAACUCUCUGAAGUAUAUACUAAAGAAGUUUUUAAGAAGUUUCAGUCUGAGGUUGAGGGGAUGUACUCUUGCUUCAACACAAGACAGGUGAGUGUUAAUGGGCCAAUAGUCACCUACAUAGUCAAAGAACGGGUAGAAGUUGAGGGAAGCGAGAAGGAAGUUAGGUAUUUUGAAGUUUUAUAUGAGACAAGCCAGGUGGAUAUCCGAUGCAUAUGUAGCUUGUUCAAUUACAAGGGCUAUUUAUGCAGGCAUGCACUGAAUGUUCUUAAUUAUAAUGGGGUGGAAGAAAUCCCUGCUCGCUACAUUCUACCGCGUUGGAGUAAAAAUUUUAAGGGCAAGUGCCCCCCAGAUCACAGUUCCAGCAGUAUUGAUGUGUAUAAUCCAAUUUACUGGCACAGUCAUCUGUAUAAACUUGCCAUUCCAAUUGUGGAAGAAGGGGCCCAAUUACAAGAUCGUUAUAAGAUUGCAUUGCAAGAAUUGGAGGACUUGUUGAACAAAUUAAAUCUUGUAGACAACUAAUGUAAAUUAUGAUGUCUAGUUAUAUGUAGAAACUAGUAGGAAAUUCAAAGUUUUUUUCACAAUUUGAGAUUGACGGUUGUUUCUUCUAUAAAUUUCUACCCUCCCUUUUAGCUA